ACUUUGCUAAUACUAUAACUAAAUUAAUUAAGUAUUAAGAGGGUAUAAUCCUAGGACAGUGCCUUCAAUUGAAUUGAAAACAAUUUCACACGUAAAUAAGCUGUUGUAAUUUGUUAUAAAAUAUAAAAAAAUGUGAGGCAUAAGAAAAUGAAAACUGACAAACCAGAUAAACCUUGGGUGGAAAAAUAUCGACCGAAAUGCAUCAGUAACGUGGCCCAUCAGGAUGAAGUUGUGGCAUGUCUGAAGCAAUCUUUCAUCAGUCAGGAGCUUCCAAAUUUGUUGUUCUAUGGACCGCCGGGCACUGGUAAAACAUCAACAAUCCUUGCAUUGGCUAGGGAAUUGUUUGGAGAUAUGUUCCGUGAGCGUGUUCUCGAGCUGAAUGCAUCAGAUGAGAGAGGCAUCAAUGUAGUUAGAGAGAAAAUCAAAAACUUCUCUCAGAUAUCUGUAUCAUCGUCUGUUAAUGUGAAUGGUGAGAAGUGUCCGCCGUUAAAAAUCGUCAUCCUCGACGAGGCUGAUUCAAUGACAGGAGCUGCACAGGCUGCCCUCAGAAGAAUUAUGGAGAAGGAGUGCAAGUCUACCAGGUUUUGCCUUAUUUGCAACUACGUCACCAAAAUCAUCGAGCCUCUCACGUCCAGGUGUGCCAAGUUUCGAUUCAAACCUCUGCCCACCGAGGUCCUCACAGAUAAGUUGAAGGAAAUCUGCCAAAAAGAAAAUGUCAACAUUGACGAGGAGGCUUUGAAGACGUUGAUAGAUGUAUCGGAUGGAGAUAUGAGGAAGGCCAUCACGACACUCCAGACGGCUGCCAGGAUGUCAAGUUGUCCAUCCAUCAGCAACCAGGAAGUCAUCGACAUUGCUGGGGUUUUGAAAGAUGAAGUGAUUAGCGAGUUCAUGGCAGCAUGUGCUUCCGGUUCUCAUGACGUCAUACAGCAACAUGUUAAGGAUUUCAUUCUUGACGGGAAAUCAGUUUUGCAGUUGUUAUUUCAACUGCAUGACAACGUCGUCUCGAACGAUUCACUGAGCGACCAACAAAAAUCAAUUAUCUGCGAAAAAAUGGGCAUCGUUGACAAGUGCCUGAUGGAAGGUGCAGAUGAAUAUCUUCAACUUUUGGAUCUUGCAUCAGUUCUCAUGGAGAGCAGCUCGAUCCGAUGACAAUACUCUUAUAACGUCUCCAAAUUUUCUACCAGCACAUUAAAUUCGUUUUAUUAAAAAGACUUAAACAUUCAUUAAUUUCUAAAUUAAAGACAGAUUAUUCAUGUUGACACGUUCAUUUUUUAAUUAAUAUUACCAAAUGAAGUUAUUAAUUUAAUGUUAAUAAAUACUAAAAGAAAAAAAAAGUAACAAGAUAUUUCUUGUUCGAACCGGGCUUAAAUUGUUAUAAAUAAAAUGUCAUGUUAACUACAA